AGUGACGCGCGCGAUUUGAACUCGUCUCGGCGACGUCGUGCCUUGACCGCGCCGAACGACCGCCGCCGCGAAAACGCAUACACAUCGCGACUACACUAUGCCCGUCACACCGACACCGUACCUAUGGCACGCUACCACGGUCACUUCCGUACCGGUACACAAGCGCACACCGGUUACCGAAUACCGACUCGCGCGCGCCACCGCCACUACCACCCCGCCGACGACGAUUGCUGCAGACACUAACCCCUCCCGUCCACUACUCGCCGAGCUUCCGAGUCGUCAGUACUACCCCGCCAAGCCCCCCCGCGCAGCCGUUCCGUGGUCCGUGUCCCGUGACACUUUGCGACUGGGUUAUCGUCAUCGUCGUUAUGCACUGUCGGCUUGGGCAGCUUAUUUUUUUUAUCGUCGGUCCUUAUUAUUAUUGUUAUUAAUUCGUUAUUAUCGCUCAUCCGUCGCCGUCAUCGAAAUAUGAACCGGAAUCAAUGCCGUCAGUUAAAAAUAGUGUGGUUCGAAAAAACGGCCGUUCGCGUCAUCCGUUAAUCCAGCGGGAAAUGUCUCGAUAUCCCGUCGAACGUCAUCGUUAUCAUCUCGGCACUCGUCGUGUUCAUCGCAUCGCCGAUCGUUUGAUCUGCGGCCGUUUAGCGUUGCCGCCGACCGCUGCUAAAUAUUAUAUUACCGCGCGCCGACGACGGCCGUUACCACCACCACCACCGCCGCCGCCGCCGCCAUCGUCGUCGACACAGACGCGACCGUAGUCGCUACUCACUUUAGUCGUCGUAGACCGUAGUGCGACUGCCGGUGCUAAGCCAUUCGCUCGCGUGCCGCAAACCCGCAGUAGUGUUUCGUUGCGUGGCGGGCGAAAAGUCUGUGGGUACGUACACGUCGCAACGACGUCGGAGCCGGUCGACGACGAGACGCGCUAGAAAAUUAAAAAAUUAAUCCGCUCUCCUCUCGUACGGAUCUUCGUCAUCACCACAGAACAAUAUCACUAUGACCAUCGCCACUCGUCCUCGGACGGUCCUAGAUCAAUAAUACUAUUAAUUCUAACUUCCUGAAGACAAUUGAAGAAUUAAAACUAAGUAAUAACAGUCAAUAGGUAGAAGAAAUGCCAUGAUAGUACGAUUGUAUUCUUUAAUUUUAUCGCUUGGCAGCCUUACAUUAAUCACAUUUUCUUUGUGGUCAGUAUGGAGCAAGAUAGCCAAUGUCGACGAAUCACAUGCUGGCCAUGUCGAAUAUCGUAUACUUACAAUAGAAAAUGUUACUUCGAAACCAUUCGAAUUACAUUCUUUGUCCGAUACAGAUCUUCACUCUUUGAUCGAUUUGCCAUCUUUCAAUUUCAAUAUAAACCAAAAGGUAUGCGACAACAAUACUAAACUGGUAGUAGCUUUAGUUCAUACUGCACCAGGACAUUAUGCCAAACGUCAGGCUAUAAGAGAUACAUGGGCAAAAAUGAUACCAACGUUAUUUUUCAUGGGUCUACCAGAUUCAAACAUUACUCAAAACAAUGUUAUUUUAGAAAAUCAAUUGUAUAGUGAUAUUGUUCAAGGCAACUUUAUAGAUUGUUACCGUAAUUUAACUUAUAAACAUGUGAUGGUAUUUAAAUGGACUUUGUACUAUUGUCCUUGUGCCAGGUAUUUGCUCAAAACUGAUGAUGAUACGUUGGUUAAUGCACCAUAUUUGUUGGAAAUACUCAAUCAUAGAUUAUCACCUUUAGGAGCGCGAAAUUUGCUUAUGUGCCAACUCAUAUUAUCGAGUAUGGUAAAACGUUCAUAUAGAUCUAAAUGGAGAGUUUCAUAUUCUGAAUAUCCAAAUCGUUGGUAUCCAACAUAUUGCAGAGGCUGGGCGAUAGUUUAUUCACCAGAUGUAAUUUAUAAACUAUACACAGAAGCACAAGUAACUCCAUACUUUUGGAUUGAUGAUGUUCACAUAACUGGUACAAUAGCAGUCAAACAAAAUAUUACUCAAACAGAUUUAGCAGAAUUAGCAGUGGACGAAUCUGAUGUAAGGGACGAUAAAAAUAUUAGUCGCAAGUUUUUAUUUUGCUUAUUAUCUGAAGCAGAUCAGUCAAUGAGAAAAUUUUGGAAUAUUAUUUUACAACCUGAUGAUACUGUUGUUUCAUCUUCAACCAACCUUGGACUUGAUAUGAAUGUUGGUAAUAACUAAACAAAUAUGGUUAAUUCUUGAAGAUUGAAUAAUGAAUUGUGAUAAAGUAGCAUGUAAAAAAGUUAUUUGUUAUUAUUUUAUUUUUAUUUUAGGAAAUAAUAUUUGUAGGUUUUUUAAAAUAAAGGCUGAUUUUAAAAAUGAAAGUUAUAAAACAAUAUGUAUGUAUAAAUUAUAAUAUUAUUUUAUUUUAGAUACUUAGGUACCUAAUUAUAUAGUGUGAACUACGAAGCGCUACAAAUUAUAUUUAAGGGGUGUUAAUAUAAAAAGUUUCAAGUGAUAUAUUUAUAGACAUAUGACAUAUACCAACUACAUAAUAUAUAGUGUAUAGUAUAAUAAAAUUAUCAUUUUUCAAUGAUAUACUAAUUAAUUACAUACAUUUUAAAUAACCAUUUAAUUUGUAAAAUGUACAUAUAUAUAUAUAUUUACUAAUAUACUGUGUUAUUUAUAAUUUAAUAUUAAUUAUUAAUAUCCCUUAAUAAUUUAAAAAAACAUUAAUACCAUACCAUGUAUACCGAUUUAUGUAUACCUAUUUAACAAUAAUAAUAAAUAGUAUUAACAAUACACAGAUCCUGUUUACUUAUAGCUUAUAAAAUAAGAAAUUCAAUUGAUUAAAUGUAUGAGAUACUUAUGAAAAAAAGCAAAAAUAAAAAAUACAUCUUGCAAUUAUUGUUUCAAAUAAAAAUUGUGAUGGCAGGGUAAAACAGAAAAUAAAUAAGGUUUUUAUGAUUUUAAAGUAUAAUUAGAAUGUAGUUUAACUAACUUUGAACAACAAUUUCAGUUCUUCAAUACCAAGUUUUCAAAUUAUGCCAAUUAAAUAUUUAAAUAUAAUACAGUUAAAAUAGUAAAUUAAAUUUUAUAAAAUUUGGUGAAUUUGUUUAAAUUAUGUCUAAAGAUGAGACAGCAUUCUACCAUUUCUCAAAUCCAUCAAUAAGUACUAGCUGUUUCUUUAAUAUUAUAUUCCUAACCAAAUUAAUGAGUCAAAUCACUUGAAGUAUUUUAUUAUUUAAUGUUUCUAUUAAACUAAAGAUUAACAUGUAGUUAAUCAGUUUAGUGAUCAUUUUUGUUUUUCAGUUAUACCCAAAUAAAAAUGUGUUUAAUUUUGAUUGUUAAAUUGUUUGCAUUCCAAGAAAAUGUAUACCUCUUAUUGAAUAGUUUUAAUUUUGUUUUGGAUUGUCUUAUUUAUGAAAAAUUUUUUGGCUUUUGUUCAUUUUUUCACUUAAUCAUCAAUAAUAUUUCAAUAGUUAUCGUAUGAUUUUUUUGAAUCCAAUGAAUAAAGUGAUAAAUAAAUAAUAGCCUGUGGUAGACUACUUUAAUUUCAGAAAUGAUCUUUACCAUAGUAAAUAUACGAUUCUAAAAAGUAUCCUCAUAUUGUAAUAUCUUUUUUAAUAUACAUAUUAAGUCGAUUUUCAAAUGAAUUUCUUAUUUGUAUAUAUGCCAAUAUAAUUUUUAAUACAGUCAUAAAAGCAAGGAUUAAAGACUAAUUAUUAUUGUAAUUAAUAAGACAUAUUUAUUUUUCUUAAAUUAAUUUUGAGUAAUAGCUAAAUUAUUAAAAAAAUUAUUGUUAUCACUGUUGUAAGCUAUAACUAUUUUAUCAUAAUUUGAAAGAAAAUGCGCUACGGAUAGGAUUGUUUGUUUGUAAAACUUAAAUUCAAUAGUACUGGAUUAAAGAAAUUGAACUUAGUGAUUAUACUCCUUUUUGAUUUUCCUUUACUUGGAAUAAUUUUAGAUUUGAUGAAAAAAUUUUUGGUAUUGUAAUGAAUUUUUAAUAUAAUCAAUACCAAGAGCAUUUUGGUUAAAUGCUAUAUCUUUAUAUUAUUGUUUAUAAACAUUUAAGUUUAAAUUAAACAAAACUAAAUUAACUAGUAAUUUCUCUCGUGUUUAACUUUAUAUUAAUAAUUUGUAUAUAAUUAGUUCUAAUCCUUGCUUUUUUUGUUGCAUACUUGUUCCUAAUAUAAGUAUUAAUUUUACAAUUUAAAUAUAUUGUUGAGACUUUUAAUUAUUAUAACAAAGUAUCUUAAUAAAUAAAAAAUAAAAAAUAUUUUAAUGUUUGAUGUCAAACAUUAAAAAGUAGAUGUCAAAAGGAGAUCUCAUGAAAUGUACUUAAAUUGAGUUGAAUGUUUCAACAUAUAUUAUAAAUUGUUUUUGUGUUUUAUUCAAAAGUAUACUCUUAAUAGUGUUAAAUUAGUUAAAUUUUUUUCUUUUUUUUUUUAUCUGAAAUUUAUGAUACAAACUCAAUUUAAAUUUAAAAUAAUGCUUUAUCAUACUAGGUACUCCAUUCAGAUAAAAAAAUAUUAAUUUGGUGCGUAUCAAUAUUCAGGUUUUAAGUUAACAAUAAGGCAUAUCUAAUUUAAUAGUUUAAACUAGAAUACUUUAUUUUCUUAAUUUAUAGUUGUAUAAAUCAGAAUUUUGUUGAAAAUGGUUAUUUUUUAUUUAGUAAGAUACUAAUUUACUAAGAUCUGUGUCAUUGAAAAAACAUGUUUGUAAUAUGAUUAUGUACUUAAAAUUUUGUCUUAUAUAAUAUGUAAUCAAUUAUUACAAAUUGUUAAUGUUAAAUACAUAAUUAUUGUAAUUAGUAUAUAUAUCAAAUACCAAAAAUUGUUAAUUAUAAUUUUUUUUAAAAAUUUAGAAUUUUUUUAUUGAAUUGGUGCCAAAAUUUAGAACUUAGUGUCAAAGAAAUGUCAGUUAUAAUUUUUUGCUCAAUUAUCACAGUAAUUAUUAUUUAAGUAAUCACCUUAACUUAUUAUUUGUUUCAUGUUUUCUUUUUUUCUUUUGUUAUAUUUCAUGAAAUAUGUAUUGGGGACCAACUUGUCUUACCAUCGACAGAUAGAGGAUCUGAUAUAAAUUAAUGAACAAGCUACUCGAAAGAAUUCAAUAAAAUUAUAUUUCAAAUGUGCUGUUAAAGAUACACAGAUAUAAUAUUAGGUGCUCUUAAAAAAAUUAAUUUUUUAAAAUACAAUUUAAAAAAAAUAUAUGAACUGUGUUUUAACAAAGGAGUUAAAAUUAGUUGUAUUGUGUUUAUAUAUAAAUUAUGUACCUAUAUUUGUUUGCAAUACAUUCCUUAAAAUAUAAUUUGAAUGCCUAAUGCUACUUGUUGGUAAUGAAAUACUGUUUAUAAUCAAUUGUAAUACAAAUUAUUAUCUAAUUAUUGAUUUGAGUUAUUGAUUCUGGCGUAUUUAUUUAAUGUUUAUUUAAUAAAAAUAAAGUUGUUAUUAUAAUUUUUAAGAAUCCUUAUUUUAUUUGAAAUAAAACUAUUUUGAUUUUGUUUGUUUGAAAUAA